AUGUAUCACUUUGCGCAGCAUUUAUUAACUGCGUAUUCAUUCAUCAUUCUUUCAUCUUCCGUAUUUAUUGUCAACUUCGUUUAAUUAAUGUAUGUUUUUAUUUUUUCCUUUGAUAAUUCAUCGAAUAUUAUUAUAAUUUAUAACUAAAUUAUCUUUGUUCCUUCAAUCGACUUUUUGAUCAUUACAUCUAUGGGUAGCACAUAUGAACUCUUAAAAUGACAGUUAACCUUGUUUUUAAUGUAUAUGAUUUUUAACGUAUAUGAUAUGUUAACAUUGUUUUUCUUUUCAUUUAUUUUGUUUCUUUUAUGCAUGUAUUUGAAAGUUUUGAUUUUCUUUUGUACAGAAUGCUUGUAAUUGCGGGGAAAACUUCGAAGUAUUUAAAGAGUACCACGACGAUCAAAAAUAAAUCCAAGAACUUUUUACGAAGGUAUUAUUACAUUUGACUUAUUCUAAUGAAGGCAGACAUAUUUACGUUUUUUUUUUUUUUUUUUAUUCGACAGUUGAUAAUGUUUAUUUAAUAUUUAAUCGUAACAAUCACGAACAAAUUUGA